AAAGCUUUUAUCAUUAAAGCAGGGCAAAGUUUACCAUCUUCUUUUUCAUUUGCAAUAUAAAUUUACUGCCUUGAAUUCUCUCUUCCCCCAGAUUGAUAAUCAUGCGGAUCAUUGUUUUGAUUUUCGUCGUGGCAACUUUUGCUGCUGAAAAUUGCCUUGGACUGUUCCAUUAUAAGCGAGACAAAUGGAAUGCUGCUAAUCCAACUAAAACACUUAACCCUUACAACGGCAAGGCUAGCGUCGUGUACCUUCACCCAACAGUGACUCCGUACUGUGGCAUUCCCCAAAGUGCAAACUGCAAGAAAGUUAUAAAGGAUCUGCAGACGAAUCACAUGAAGAACAACUGCUCCGAUCUUGGUUAUAAUUUUGUUGUCGGAGGAUGCACCGGAGUUUUUGAGGGUGCGGGUUGGGACCAAGUGGCCCCAUUUUCAGAAAAUGACGUGGAACCUUCAAUUCAUAUUGGUGUCGUUGGAACUUACAAAGACCAUAUCGUCUCCCGAAGUGUGGCUUAUACUGUGAAAGCCCUGAUUGAUGAAGGAGUGUCUAAGAAUAGAAUCAGUAGUGACUUCACCGUCAAAUGUUCGUAUAAUAUGGAUAAGCCAUUGAGAUUUGCCUCAUCAUUUGGAAAUAUUUUCCCUUCAUUUAAAUGCGAUCAAGAGAGAGAAGAGUGCAAUGGUUCGAUGGAUUAUGAUUAUGUGGAAGUCCAGUAGCCAACUGGAUUUUAUCAAGAUUUAAUUAUUUGAAUGCUAUUUUAACAUUAUUUGCUUGUCCACAAUCAUAAUAAAUAAAUAAUAGACCAGUA